GACAUUCUCGAUCAAUCAUUUGUGCAUCGGUCUGUUAUGUAAGUUGCCGGCGCGCAACAGUGUAUAGAGCAAUACUUGGAAUUGUCACGGCGAGUUUCACGAAGCGCUAUGACGCGGUAAUUUACGCUCAUACGCGGAAGACGUAUAAACGUUCCGAGGCACGCGACCUGGCUUAAAUUUUAAAAUUGCCCCGGCUAAUGCUAAGACAAACUUUAUAUAUCAAAGAAAUUUCAAGAAACCCCUUCGUAUAGGCUUUAGAUAACGUCAGAUAGUAAUUUCUGCAAAGUCGAAAGAUAAGGGACGAGAUAUGUACAUUUCCUUUAAGAAUUUUAUCUCCGAUAAAAUAAUUUCUGCAAUAUCAAAGAUGGAAAAUGUGCAAGAUUUCAAAAAUUAUUGGAAUACCAUCAGAAAAUGUGCGAUGAUUAUCAGAAAAAACAUGUGUUUGAAGAAACUUUUUUUCGCGCAAAAAUUUUCAACAAGAAGCACAAAAGAGACAUGGAAUAGUUCUUUACAAAAUAGCCAUAGAGCAUGGCUUAAAGAAUUUACCCAAAAUCAUCACGAUGUGGUGAAUGCGAUCUUAAAGAAUACAGAGGUGACUCGCGAUCACCUGACUCCGGAAUUGAAGUUAUUUUUACUAACAAAAAACUGUCCCUUGUAUCACGAGCCAUUCAUCGAUAAAUAUAUAGAUGGAAAAUUUGAUUCCUUGACUAGAAACGUAUUCCAAGAUCCAUUUUGGUCUAUAUACUGGCCUGGAGGUCAAGUGCUUACGAGAUUUAUUCUGGAUGAAAAGGAAAGAAUUUUAGGAAGCAAAAUGACGCGAAAUGUAAGAAAAGGUGUAAUAAAAAUACUGGAUUUGGGCGCGGGAUGCGGCGCUACAGCAAUAGCUGCGAAAUUAACAAAUGAAAAGUGCAAGGUUGUUGCAAACGACAUCAGCAAAGUUGCCUGCGUAGCUAUUGCGAUGAAUGCAAUAUUAAACAACGUGGACAUUGAAGUGUUGUGGGAAAACUUGUUAGAAAAACCACUGAAAGGCCUGUACGACGUGAUCUUUGUGGGUGAUUUAUUGUAUGACGAAGAAAUAGCGAAUACCUUAAUGACGUGGUUGGAAGACGCACAUGAACGAGGCGCGCAAAUUUACUUAGGCGAUCCAGGAAGACACGGAUUAAAUGAAAAUUUCAGAAAGCGAUUGAGAUUGCUACGUCGAUAUUCUUUACCUGAAAACGUCAGGAAAGAGAAUCACGGUUACGACAUGGCCACCGUGUGGGAAUUUAAUCGAACUUGAAUGACUGACGCAUGUGAAAUUGAAUAUUGGAUAGAGAAUGUUCUAAAGUCCAAAAGUUACUCUAACAAUAAACUUCAAUUUUUCUUUGUUAAAUAAUAUUUAACAUAGAUUUAAAAUGUGUCAUUAUAAAAUAAAUUAUUUAGUUUUAAAUGUGUACUUUAAAUGCUCCUCCAAAUCUUGUAAUAGAUACGACGGCAAUCUAAAUAUUUCUCUAAACAAUCAUUUUAGAGAGAUAUAAACAUGUAUAAGUUUUUAUUUUUAGAUAAUAUGUUCAUAAUGUGCUAAUACUUUAUUCUGACGCAUAUUUCUGCAUUAUUAUAAAACAAACUUUAAGCUGUGCUUACGUUCAACUUGUAAUAAAUUGAUUGCUCCUUGAAUUCACUUACAUGGAUUAGAUUGUAAGUGACAGUGCGUCUCAGACUACGUGCGUACUUCGACGUAAAUUGACGUAAAUGUAUAAAAAUUGCGUAUAAUUGCCAUAUGAUUGCAUAUAAUAAUUGAGAUUCGAUAGACACCGUUCACCGAUAAUAAUCAACGUGUGUGUCAUGUGUCCGUGCUUACGUUAAACGUGCGGACGUAGUUUCACACGAGGAAAUCUUCGUAACAUAUUCAACAGCCUUCAUAAUGACUAUUCGCGCGCGCUUGUGUGUACGUGUGCUAUUUAAAAGUAGAGAAUCCUAUUUCAUUAUAUAAUCCGUUUAUGCGUAUUUCGUUUUCAUAUCGAACGUACGUCAAAACGAGCGUGGUUAUUCUUAUAUAUUUUUCUCAUUUUCUUAUCGCAAAAAUACUUUAUGAAGAGCGUCACUGCGUCAAACAAAAUCCAUAAUACAUCAUUGUUCGACAUUUUGACAAACAAUUGUUGUUAAACAUCUGAAUAUUUCUUAUUAGAAACAGUUAAAUAAAG